CUAUACUCAUCUCUACUACAUCUGAAGACAUCUGAAGAGUUGAAGAUGAAGCUCUGCUGUGCUGUGGCUGUUGCUGUCCUGGUCUUGGCUCUCUGCUCUCAGGGAGAAAGCAGUACUGCAGGCCCAGAUAAUUGCUGUUUCGAGUUUUAUACCAAGCCCAUUCCUGCCAGCAGGAUUAAAGGCUAUCAGGAGACCAUUGCCAGCUGCCCAACAAAGGGGAUGAUCUUCACCACUGUGACGGACAAGAAGAUAUGUGCCAACCCGGAAGACAAGAAGGUGCAGGCCAUCAUUGAGAAGGUGGACAACCUGUUUGGCACCCCGGACCCGGCUCCGGCUCGUUAAUUCUGAACCACUGACCUAUACAUACGCAUAAUAUACACGCGAAUGUACUGAACAACUGCUCAACUGCCUCUUACACAAUAAAAAUGCAGCCUGAAUUCAACACUUCAAGAGCACUCUGGGACCAAAUGCACUCUAGAAGAUGUUCAAUCCGCUCUCUAAGUGUUGAAUUGACUCUGUAUUUUAAUGUGUAUUUCUUUUUUUUUCUGAGAUGUACUGUAUCUGAGUACACUGUGCCUCAUGAACCGACAUACAGUAGUUGAUGAAAUCAGCAUGCAAUUUGGGAGCUUUCACGGUGUAAGAAUGCAGUGUUAAUUCAACAAAACAUUUUUACUGUUUUUGCAAAACAAUUCUGUAGCAAUUCUGUUCCUGUAAAAGGCCAUUGUGAGGAGACUGUAAAUAAUAAUUUGUUUGAAAGUUGGGGGGGGUGCGCACAUCCACAAACAAUGCAAUCCGGUUGCCAGACGAGUGUAGCAGACAGUGUGAGAGAGACAGAGGUCUGCACACUGGAAAUAAGCUUUAAAAAUAUACUUAAUUGUUUAAUAAAUGGCAACAUUUUGAUCCUCUAGUCUAGUGGGAUCUUCCUUUUUUAAAUAAAGUUUGCAUGCAUUA